UCAGCAAAAGAUUUCUAUAUAGAUUAAGAUAAGAGAGUAAAAUCAUGUUUUAUUACAAGAUUACAGUGACUAUUGUAUUAGUUGCCUUGAAUGCUGAGGCCAGAUCUUAUGGACCCACCACACCAGAUUACCAGAAGUGUAGAUACGGGCGUUACCAGGCUGAUCUCGGUAAUGAGGAGCUGUGUAAUCCAUGGCGCCCAAUGUGUGCUAAAGGAUAUAACUGUCAAGGCGGUCCAGCCGACCAACCAGGACCCUGUUGUAAAGCUGUAAACCCAUGUAAAGUUGGUGAACCAUACUCAAGAGACGGGGAUGCUCCUAACUGUUUAAAGAAUUAUGGAUUGUCUACCUGUCCCAAAGGGUACACGUGUAUAGGGACAAAAGAAACAUCCUCCGUGUGCUGUAAAGGUUGUACAUAUGAAGGAAAAACUUAUUUUCCAUCUGAAAAGUUUUACAAUAACCUUGGUGAACAUUGCACCUGUUUAGCUAACGGACAUGUAACUUGUUUAGAAAAAGUCCCUUGUAAGUACGGAAGCAAAACAUAUUCAUACGGAGAGCCACAGUUUCCUAAAGGGGAUGGAUGUAAUGUCUGCACAUGUCUAAAGGAUGGAACAGUGUCUUGUACAAAUAACCCUUGCUAUUGCAAAAAUAAAAAUGUCAAGUACGAGAUCGGACAAAAGUUUGAUGAUGGCUGCAAAAGAUGUGUUUGCACGAAAACAGGAGAAGUAACAUGUACAGACCAGUAUUGCCCAGUACCAUGUCAGUACGGAGGCAAAACGUACACAUAUGGAGAGCCACAGUUUCCUAAAGGUGAUGGAUGCAAUAUCUGUACAUGUCUUAAAGACGGAACCGUGACUUGUACAAAUAACCCUUGCUAUUGCAAAUAUAAAAAUGUAAAAUACAACAUCGGACAAAAGUUUGGUGAUGGCUGCAAAAAAUGUGUUUGCACAAAAACAGGAGAAGUGACAUGUACAGACCAGUAUUGCCCAGUACCUUGUACCUACGGAGGCAAAACGUACACAUAUGGAGAGCCACAGUUUCCUAAAGGUGAUGGAUGCAAUGUCUGCACAUGUCUAAAGGAUGGAACCGUGACUUGUACAAAUAACCCUUGCUAUUGCAAAUAUAAAAAUGUAAAAUACAACAUCGGACAAAAGUUAGAUGAUGGCUGCAAAAAAUGUGUUUGCACAAAAACAGGAGAAGUAACAUGCACAGACCAGUAUUGUCCAGUUCCUUGUACCUACGGAGGCAAAACGUACACAUAUGGAGAGCCACAGUUUCCUAAAGGGGAUGGAUGUAAUGUUUGCACAUGUCUAAAGGACGGAACAGUGUCUUGUACAAAUAACCCUUGCUAUUGCAAAUAUAAAAAUGUAAAAUACAACAUCGGACAAAAGUUUGAUGAUGGCUGCAAAAAAUGUGUCUGCACGAAAACAGGAGAAGUAACAUGUACAGAUCAGUAUUGCCCAGUGUACUGUCACUAUAAUGGUCAAAAAUAUUCUUCUGGGGAGACUUUCCCGGCAACUGAUGGAUGUAACCAGUGCACGUGUCAGCAGACGGGACAGGUCACGUGCGGGAACAAAGCAUGUAACACUUAUCCAACAAAAGUGUACUGUAUGUAUAACUACAUAAGAUAUUCUGCUGGAGAGACUUUCCCAUCAACAGAUGGUUGUAACCAGUGCACCUGCUUAGCCAACCGCAAGGUGUCAUGUGGAAACAAAACCUGUCAAUCUUAUCCAGGAUAAUCAACAAUCCCUCUGAUUUGCCAUUGAUCUAUUUGCUGACACUGAUAUCAAGGAAUACUGUGAUUUUAUAUUAACAUUUUUACACUGAUCUUGUAUAUGAUUUUUUUGUACUGAUUUUUAAUUUUAUUUCUAUUGAGAAUAAAUUUUAUAAAAAAUA